UUCAAAAAACAUAAUUUAACUUUCUUGGAAUGAUUCAAUUCUUUCGAGACCCAAAAUAAGCAGACCCAAACCACUAGUAGCUCUAGUUUGGACCAUAAGGCCUGGCUGGCAAAGUAAAAAAAAGCCCUUUCUAACGUACAAAGUUUAAACCCUGGGUUUUAGGGAAGACAACCCGUACACCGCCGAAGGAGAAGAUGUUUCUACGUAAAGCAGCCGUUAGUUUGCUAAGGAGAGUUCGCCUUCCUUCUCAGUCCGUCUCCGCUUCUGCUUCUCGUCCAGCAACGGCAACCGCCACUGCUUUCCCUUUCUCUCUUUCCAGCAAAAUCAAAUUCCCCUAUCACAUUGGUUAUGGGAGCUCAUGGAGUACGGGUCAAGCUGAUCCUCCUAUAUGGAUUAUUCUAACUGGACAAGCUGCUAUAAUUUUGGGGAUAAAUAUCAACCCUGUUUUAGCAGAUGAUGAGUCAAUUCAAACAAGUUCAGAAAGUGAUGUGCAAGGCGCUAACAUUGUUGGAUUACGCAAAAUUGAGGAUGGCUCUGUGAUAUCUAAUAUACACACAUCUAAGUGGAGAAUUUUUACGGAUAAUGGGAGAGAUUAUUUUUUGCAGGGAAAACUAGAGGAAGCAGAAACGUUCUUCCUUUCUGCAAUCCAAGAAGCUAAAGAAGGAUUUGGGGAGAGGGAUCCCCAUGUUGCAUCUGCGUGCAACAAUUUGGCAGAGCUUUACAGAGUUAAAAGGGCAUUUGACAAGGCAGAACCUUUGUAUUUAGAGGCCAUCAACAUAUUAGAGGAGGCAUUUAGCUCUGAAGAUAUACGUGUAGGAGUUGCCUUGCACAACCUUGGGCAGUUCUAUCUUGUACAGCGAAAGUUGGAAGAGGCUCGGAUGUGCUAUGAGCGUGCUUUAAAGAUAAAGGGACGUGUUUUGGGACGUGGCAACCUAGAUUAUGCAGAUACAAUGUAUCACCUUGGAACGGUAUUGUAUUUCCAAGGAAGACUAGAUGAUUCUGAGGUCCUUGUUCAGGAUUCUAUCAGAAUACUAGAGGAAAAUGGUCAAGGUGAGUCGAUGGCAUGCAUAAGGAGAUUAAGAUAUCUCGCACAGAUAUAUAUAAAAUCCAACCUCAUAUCAGAAGCAGAAAAUGUACAGAGAAAGGUCCUUCAUAUUAUUGAACUAUCUAAGGGAUGGAACUCAUUAGACACUGUAGUUGCUGCAGAAGGGUUGGGCUUAACAUUACAAUCAUCUGGGAGCUUAAAAGAAGCACAAGAACUGCUUGAAAGGUGUCUUGAUGCUCGGAAAACAUUACUUCCCGAAGAUCACAUCCAGAUUGGAGCCAACAUGCUUCACAUUGCUAGGGUGGUAAUGCUUAAUUCCAAUCAACUUAGGAGGAUGCAUGUUUCUGAUGCCAUUGCUGAGCUUGACAAGGCAAAAGGUCUUUUAAACAAUGCAAUAAGGAUAGCAUGGCAAGUUAUUAAUAAAUUGAAAAGACAAAGCAAGAAGCAAGAUUAUGGAGUUUCUGGAGAAAAUGGGAGGGAUGGCCAUGCAGCGUUGAUCAUACUGUUGCAGUCGCUUGAUUCACUAGGGCUUUUGGAGAUUAACAGGAAAGAAUUGCUGGAAUCAGGGGAAAAGUUGUUAUCCACUCCCGAGGCUAAGGAUGCACAUUUUGAAUGCAUUUCUGCCUACAAAGAGUUUGCGACUGAAAUGUUAAUGAGUGAUUCACGAGAAGUAAAGGCCGAGUAUCUUUCUUGCUUGAAGCAUCUUUCAAGUUUGAUAGAUGCUGAAGGGACAAAACAAUAUAGAGGAACAACGUUGCAGGAGUUCAAGGAUGAAAUCAAGCGCGUAGAGCAUGAUAUUUCCUCGUCCAAGAGGCGCAAAAACUAAAGCCAACAGCUUAUUUUGAUUUAAUUGUAUGAAAUUGAAAUUACCUUCGUUUCCUAUAUGAAGAAUCCUUUUUUUUAUCUUUGUAUUUCUGAACCCUACUUUCCAGUGGGAUAUUCUCUUCUACCAAUUGAUGUCAAAAAGUUGGAAGACCCUGAUGAACAAUGUGAAGUAGCAAUGGAUAUGGGACCAACAAUAAUUGUUGCAAGACCCUAUCCAUAUUUAAGAGUUGUACCCUAAUCAAGCCUCUCUCACGACUGCAUCUUAGAUGAUUUUACAGAACAAGAUUGACAUUCAUUCAAUGCUCUUCAUCUUGAGAGGCCAUAAUAGUAAAAUCUUAACAAAUUAAAAUUUUGAUUUGAGAAGAUUUUAUCUAAUUGUAUAUAUGAUAAUAAUUACCAAUUUUAGUAUGUUUGUACACGUAUAAAUAGUAUUUUUUUCAUAUUAAUAACAUUAAUUAAGG